AUGGCCACUGGCGCCAGCGGAGAUGGCAAGCCUAGUCUUCUGAGUACUUUACCGAAGCAACUGCCAGCGGAUUUUCUGAAAGAAAUUACGAAAGGGUUCUCUGCUGAGCGAAAACUGGGUCAAGGUGCAUUUGGAACUGUUUACAUGGGGUUCCUGCAAGAUGGGCAAGCCAUUGCUGUGAAGAAGCUCUCAGAUAAUUCCCCUGUGGCAACUGACAAACAGUUCAAGAAUGAGGUUGGGAACCUUAUGGCCAUCCAGCAUGAGAAUAUAGUGAGGUUGUAUGGCUACUGCCAUGAAGCGCAGAAGAGAGUGAUAGAGCACAAUGGAAGAUACAUUCUGGUGGAUGUGGUUGAGAGCAUGCUCUGCUACGAAUAUGCCCCCAACGGAAACCUCGCCAAGUGUAUUUUUGGUAUGAGGAUGCACAGUCCAACAUAG